CGGCUCCUCCUCACUCGCCCGCCCGCGCCCGGCGCAGCUCGGCCAGAGCGAUCGCGGGGCUGAGCGCGCGUCCGCCCGGGGGGCUCCGGCGGCUGCCCGGGCCCGCGGACCCCUGCCUCGCAGCGCCUGCCCUGCGCGCUCGCCGCCUCCCCGCUUCCAGGCUCCCGCGCCCGUCCGCCUGUCCGCAGCCCGCGGCCCCGCGCCCCCCGCAGCCACGAUGCCCGCGGCCCGGCCGCCCGCCGCGGGACUCGGCGGGACCUCGCUGCUCCUCGCCCUGCUUCUGGGGAGCCCCGCGGCAGCUCUGGCGGGAGAUGUGCCCCAGGAAGGAGACCCUGGCCCUUCCGGUGCUUCCCUUCUGCCCUCGGGAGCACUAGAGAGCAGCAGUCUGAGCAAAGAGAGCCGCGAAGAGAGAGUGACAACGGCCCCUCCGAAUCCAGCCCAGUCAGGGGAAGAUCUCAGCGAGCCGGGGCUGCAAGGGACAGCCCCCUCCGCCGCUCUGUCCACAGCGCUGCCCGAGGAGGCCGCCACCAAGCGCGCCCUCCCCUCCGGGAAGAGGCUGCCUUCUCUCAAGCAGGUGAACUCGGCCAGGAAGCAGCUGCGGCCCAAGGCCACCUCCGCGGCAGCCGUCCAGAGGGCUCUGUCCCAUCCGGCAUCAUCCGGCCCGGGGCUCCUCUCCUCCGCCACGGAGAAGCCCCGCCCACCGGGGGACCCCGAGCCCGCAGCCUCCGAGGAGCCACUGUGGCUGGACCAGAAGGCAGGUGCGGACCCCACGACGCCCGCGCCCCUGCAGAUCUCCCCCUUCACCUCGCGGCCCUACGUGGCCCACACGCUCCCCCAGAAGCCAGACCCUGGGGAGCCCUCCGUGCCUGACGACCCCCACGAGGCUCCCCCCGAGGACGCUAGUCCCAUGACCUGGAUGGACAAAGGUGAGAGCGAACUGACCGGCUCAGCCUCCGAGGAGAGCCAGGAGACCACGACGUCCACCAUCAUCACCACCACGGUCAUCACGACUGAGCAGGCUCCAGCUCCCUGCAGUGUGAGCUUCUCCGAUCCUGAGGGGUACAUCGAUUCCAGUGACCACCCGCCACUGCCCCUCAGCAGCUUCCUGGAGUGUACCUACAACGUGAUGGUCUACACUGGCUACGGUGUGGAGCUCCAGGUGAAGAGUGUGAACCUGUCUGACGGGGAGCUGCUCUCCAUCCGCGGGGUGGACGGUCCCACCCUGACUGUCCUAGCCAACCAGACUCUCCUGGUAGAGGGGCAGGUCAUUCGAAGCCCCACCAACACCAUCUCUGUCUACUUCCGGACCUUCCAGGACGACGUCUUCGGGAACUUUCAACUGCACUACCAGGCCUUCAUGCUGAGCUGCAGUUUUCCUCGCCGGCCCGACUAUGGGGAUGUCACAGUGAUGGACCUGCAUUCGGGUGGGGUGGCCCACUUCCACUGCCACCUGGGUUACGAGCUCCAGGGGGCCAAGACGCUGACUUGCAUUAACGCCUCCAAGCCCCACUGGAGCAGCCAGGAGCCCAUCUGUUCAGCCCCUUGCGGAGGGGCUGUGCACAACGCCACCAUUGGCCGCGUCCUCUCCCCAAGUUACCCUGGAAACGCCAACGGGAGCCAGCUCUGCGUGUGGACAAUCAAAGCUCCAGAGGGCCAGAAGCUGCAUCUGCAUUUUGAGAGACUGUCGUUGCAUGAGAAGGACAGGAUGAUGGUCUACAGUGGCUUGAUCAACAAGUCAGCUCUUCUCUAUGACUCCCUCCAAACCGAGAGCGUCCCCUUUGAGGGUCUGCUGAGUGAGGGCAACAGCAUCCGCAUUGAGUUCACGUCCGACCAGGCACGGGCAGCCUCAGCCUUCAACAUCCGGUUCGAGGCCUUUGAGAAAGGCCACUGUUAUGAGCCCUACAUUCAGAAUGGGAAUUUCACCACAUCCGACCCGACCUAUAACAUCGGCACCACAGUGGAGUUCACCUGCGAUCCCGGCCACUCUCUGGAGCAGGGUCCGGCCGUUAUCGAGUGCAUCAAUGUGCGGGACCCGUACUGGAACGACACAGAGCCCCUAUGCAGAGCUACGUGUGGCGGGGAGCUCUCUGCCGUGGCCGGGGUGGUGCUGUCCCCGAACUGGCCAGAGCCGUACGUGGAAGGUGAAGAUUGUAUCUGGAAGAUUCACGUGGGGGAAGAGAAACGGAUCUUCUUAGAUAUCCAGUUCCUGAACCUGAGCAACAGCGACAUCCUGACUAUCUAUGACGGCGAUGAGGUCAUGCCUCACAUCUUGGGGCAGUACCUUGGGAACAGCGGCCCCCAGAAGCUGUACUCGUCCACACCAGACCUAACCAUCCAGUUCCACUCAGACCCCGCCGGCCUCAUCUUUGGGAAGGGCCAGGGAUUCAUCAUGAACUACAUAGAGGUGUCAAGGAAUGACUCCUGCUCAGACUUGCCCGAGAUCCAGAACGGCUGGAAAACCACCUCUCACACGGAGCUUGUGAGAGGAGCCCGAAUCACCUACCAGUGUGACCCCGGCUAUGACAUCGUGGGGAGUGACACCCUCACCUGCCAGUGGGACCUCAGCUGGAGCAGCGACCCCCCAUUUUGCGAGAAAAUCAUGUACUGCACCGACCCCGGGGAAGUGGACCACUCAACCCGCUUAAUCUCGGAUCCCGUACUCCUGGUGGGCACCACCAUCCAAUACACCUGCAACCCGGGCUUUGUGCUGGAAGGGAGCUCUCUUCUGACCUGCUACAGCCGCGAGACCGGCACGCCCAUCUGGACCUCGCGCCUGCCCCACUGCGUUUCGGAGGAGUCGCUGGCAUGUGAUAACCCUGGCUUGCCUGAAAACGGGUACCAAAUCCUGUACAAGAGGCUCUACCUGCCGGGAGAGUCCCUCACCUUCAUGUGCUACGAAGGCUUUGAGCUCAUGGGCGAAGUGACCAUUCGAUGCCUCCUGGGACAGCCAUCCCACUGGAACGGGCCACUGCCCGUGUGUAAAGUUAAUCAAGACAGCUUUGAACACGCAUUAGAAGUGGCAGAAGCGGCAGCAGAGACAUCGCUGGAAGGGGGAAACAUGGCGCUGGCAAUCUUCAUCCCUGUUCUCAUCAUCUCCUUACUGCUGGGAGGAGCCUACAUUUACAUCACCAGAUGCCGCUAUUACUCCAGCCUCCGCCUGCCCCUGAUGUACUCCCACCCCUACAGCCAGAUCACCGUGGAAACUGAGUUUGACAACCCCAUUUAUGAGACCGGGGAAACCAGGGAGUAUGAGGUGUCCAUUUAAGGAGAGCUAUGCGUGAGAAGGGAACUCACAGAUAGGAACUCAACUACACCUCCUCGAGAGAUUCAUCCAGAGACCACGCAGCAUUUGAUUGAAACCCCCAGAAUGUUUUGUCCGUCUUUUCUUUAGAGUCUUUAUGGAAGAUUUCCUGGUUUUUUUUUUCUUCGCUGUAUUUAUUAUAUUUAAAAUUGAAAUAGGGGUGGUUGGAGGUGUUGGAACUGCAGCCAGAUUCAUGAGACAGCCUCGACUCUGAGGGCAGACAGAGGACCAGCAAAAUGACCAACGUGGCGGCAGAGGGGAAAAAAGACACAAGCAGACGCUGGGUUUCUCCAUCAGCAAUGCCAGGCAAUGGCGGCAUCACAUCAGCCUCACGCAUCUUUGGGGUCCACGCCCACGGUGCUUUUAGGACAAAUCCAAGCCCAAGAUUAGGUUGGAAAGGUUGCGUCUUGGUGGAUUAACUCGGGUCGGACUCGAGCUUGAACAGGUCUGCUCCCAAACAAAUCCUGGGGUCGCUCUUCUGAUACUCUCCUCUUCUCCAAGGUCUUACCACGGCCCCUCCCCCUCCCCCGGUCCUCCUAAAGACGGCAGAGGGGUUUACGUGACCAUUUUCGUUUGCCACCCUGGCCUCGCCAGGGGCUGGCAGAAUCAGAAAAUGUUUCAGAGUAAAUGAGAGACCUGAAAAAGCUGGUGAAGUGUGGGGGUGACGGGGAACGUUGAGUGAGGGGACCCAGUGGAUACAAUGUUCUUUCCUGUGACGACUCCUUCAGUGGCGAAAGGGAAGGUUAUUUAUGCUGCAAGUGCCAGAGUCCAUCACCUUGUUCUGCAAAGGCCACCCUCAAGCUGGGACGGUAGAUCUGCGGGCUUUGGAGGCACGGGGAGCUUCACCCACAUGGUUAUAAGGGUCUGUGCUACAGGGGGAGGGACCACGUCCCGAAAUCCAGGGAGGAGCUCUGUCUGUUUUCCUGGAAUACUGCAACGCCGGAGCCUGCAAAAUAAGGGAGACUCGCGUGCCCUGUUUCUCUAAAAAGUGUCAGAAGAAACACCUGCAAUCAAGGAUUUCAGAAGGGAGGGUCCUAUGAGAAGAAACUGCUUUUCUGUUCUCCGAGGCUGUGCCCAAAUGUUGGACUGUGGCGUGAAUGCUGACCGUGGAGGGGCAGGAAAACGGGAGCAGGGGAUUUAAACCCACAACGGGAUCCUGGUCAUACAAUUUGAUCCCCACGGAGGACAGAAGGAGGAGUUUCAGGCGGGAAGAGAAACCCGAACGCCUCACUAAUCACCUGCACAUCCUCAGAUUUUAUCUGCAUCCUUUUGCUCCAACCCAGUGGGACUGGUGAGCGUGUGGUUCUCAGGAGGCUUCUUCUCCAAAUACGGAAUAAAGAAAAGGCAAGGGGUGAGGUUACGUGGAAGGAAUAGUACGGGCAAGGUAGAUUUGCCUCCCUGGACCGUCUCCUCCCUAGUGACGGCCGGUGGCUCAGAGAAAGACAGCCCCCGUGCUUUCGGAGCCCACGUUGGCACCCUCCCACACUCUCCAGAAUUGUUUUAUGUCAGCUGGUUUUCAAACAAGAAGAGAGCUCUCGGCUGCCAUGCCAUUGAAAGAAUGGCUGGAGUCCGUAUUUUGGUUAGCUUGUCUAGACAGCUCUGGACCAGGCUAGGGCAGUUGACUUUGACAUAGCCUUCUCCCGGCGAGACACCUGGGGUUCCAUCUUGGGGGAAUCAGAGGCCCAAAACUUUCUCCUUCUGCCAGAAAAGAAUCCUGCUUAUAUGCUCCUUAAGGCAUGCAUCCUGAUGCACAGCAAGAGAUCAUUAAAGGCUGCCUUCCAGCCACCCAAAACCCACCCCACUUUAUGCAAAAGAAAAACCCAGAGGAGAGUCAUUCCCGAUCAUCAUCAUCAGUAGGCAACCGUCAUGUUUGGAGAUGUCCCAACAAUGCAAACAAGGCAACCUUUUUUUUUUUUUUUUUUAAAGGGCAGACUCCAAUCUUAUGCUUUUGUUUCUGUUAUGCUUAUUCUAACCCUAACUCUGGGUCCUCUGGAAGGAAGAACUCGAUUAAUGAUAUUUAAUUUUAGAGCAUACUAUGGUUACAUGGAAACUAAACAUUUGCCUUUCAUCAAGACUGACAAAAUAUGAAAUCCUUCUUGGCUGUUGAGGGAUAGAAAGGUGUUGGGUUUUUGUUGUUUUUUUUUCAGGAUACCGAUGUCUUAGUUCUGUCUUAGUGGUACAGCACAUAGAACCAUGUUUUAAACAUUUAUUUUCAUCUAAAGGUGGAUCGUGUGAGCUUGGCAAUGUACAGUGUGACUGAAAAGGCAGGUUGGUGUCUGUUUUUCUUUUUAGAAUAUCUGAAUGUGUGUUUGUAAAGGUAAAAACAUAAAAAUAGUGCCAAAAAUGUACCAUGCGUCUCAUUUAGGCUCAUACACGUCUGUUUUUAUAAGGUCGAUGUUAAAACCCAUCGGGAUUCAAUAUUUUUGAACGGGAUACAAUCUUGAGCAACUCGAGAACCAACCCACGGGACCUUUCCUACAAGCCCCUCUUUGUUUUCAAAACAGUGGGGAAAUCGUUUACAGAGAUUUCAAGGUUCAAAGAAUGCAUGUGAUGGUGGGUAUUACAUGCUAAUUCAUAUAAGCUGUAUCUGUCAGCUGCCGCCCUGUGCUUUACAAACACACACACUCGAUCCUCUUUGGCUUGGAGCUCAUCUUUUUGCUUUUUUUUUGGGGGGGGGGGAUGGGGAGGAGUAGAAUUAUUUAGCCAACGGAAGUACUCUGGUUGCUGCGUGAGGGCCGUCCUUACUUGGUUCCACAGACAUGCUUUAAAUAAGAUCUUUUGCAGCCAGCUCCUUGGAAAGCCUACGGAGCCUCAGGCUGACAGCUUUGGCAACUGCCAAACUGCCCAGCAGGAAGCAAGUGGCCGCAUCAUCAGGAUGGUUGUAUAAGCAGAAGUGACUUGGUAAAUGUAUGGGUAGAUUUAGGCUGAAUGUGAGCCUCGGGCAAAAAAUGACCUUUCUUUGGAGUAAAUCCAAAGGGUAUGACUUUCCUAUGCCCUUGAGUCGUCAUGGGGGAGGGGGGGGGGCCAUUCGAGGUCAGAGAUUACGGAAUGUUGUCCAGCACCCUCAAUGGUAGGCUUUCACCUGGGACGUUUUCAUUUUCAUUUUAUCCCCAAACAGAAGAAAAAGCAAAACAAACUUUCUAAGCUAGAAUAAUGAAGUCAAGUCAUUUUCCACUUUGUAUAUAUUGAUGCUAAUAAAACAAAUGAAAAAGA